UUUCAUAACAGAUAAACAUUGGAAUUAUAUGUCAGAGAAGAAAAGCAAUUUUUAUAUAUAUGAAGGAAACUAUUUAAACAUGUUUAACAAAUAUAAAUAAUCUAUAUUUUAUCACAGACAAUAUGAAUAGACCACAAGAUUUGGCUGAUGAAAACUAUUGGAAUCAUUCGAAACAGAUUGGAUAUAGUUUUGAUGACGAUAAUGGCUUUGUUGUUGUAAAUGACUUAAACAAAUAUUCUGGCAUACAAGAAUCUGGGGCAUUUGAAGAUAUAGAUUUUCAAGGUUUUGAUGAAUUAGCUGGAAAAAAAUCAUUUACGUCAGAUGUAGAGAAUACAAGUUUAACAAUAACAGAAACAGCAUCAGCUGUAAUUCAAAAGCAGUUGGGCUCCUUGAUACUUGAACUGAAAACACCUGAAGAAAAAGAUAUCUGUAGUUAUUCUCCUGGUGAAACAGCUAAAAACUUGUUUAUUGGUCAGCCAUAUUUUUUUGAACAAUUUAAGUCUUAUGAUAAAAAAAUUAUUCUGCUCGAUUCUGCGAUAAAACUUCAUGAUGGUAAUGGAAUUACUGCUGCUAUUUUGUUUUUAGAAAAAACAUUAAAGCCCUCACUCUUCUAUCAAAUACUUAAGGAUAGGCCUGUUGCUGUGUCUCAUUAUUUGACUUAUUUGAAAAUGCUUCAAAAACAUGUAGAACUUACAGAUAUGCUGGUGAUGCUUCAAAAGUCUGAAGAAGCAGCUAUGAUCCAAUAUAAAUCUGCAAUAUUUGUGCAACAAACUGAACAGAAGAUAAAAAAUUUACAUAAAUGUUGGAAAAAUCACUUAGAUGGUGAUCAGAAUCUUUCAUUAUAUUCAAAUUCUGUAAAAGAGUACAUACAUUUGUUGGAAAGACAACUUCCAAUUGAGGAAGAAGAUCUGAGACAGGAGAGAGAGAUGAAAACUCCCACAUUUCAGAAUCUUCCUCGUACAGCUUCUUUGUUAAACAUGCCAGUUGUGACAACUUUGUAUUAUUGUUGUUUGUAUCAUUAUAAUUUGCCUGAAAAUCAUCUUGCAAGUCCAAAGGCAAUAAAAAAAUAUUUUGGGUUAUCAAAUAAGCAAUUUGUUUGGACUGCACUUGCAGCUCUAGCAAAGAGACAGAUGUGGGUGGAAAUAGAUAAUCUUUUCCAGAGUAAAUCCUGGCUAGGUGGAAUGAAGCUUAGUUGUUGUAUUGGUUUUGAUAAAGCAGUUGAAUUAUUGCACGAUCACCAUGCACCAACCGAGAUAAUAAUAAAAUACUUGAGGUUGGUGGAUAAUAUAGAAAUAAGAUUAGAAUUAGCCAAGAAGUACAAUUGUGAACAACUUGCAGUGGAUACUUUAGUAUCCAUGAAUGAUCGACAAGGCCUGGAGAAAUAUAAAGAAAAAUUAGUUCCUCAUAGCAAAGCUUAUGAAUAUGUACAAGAAGCACUGAGAUCAUCUAUAAUAAAAUGGAAAAAUUGAAACCAGUUAGGUUUGUUCAUAACAUGUUAUAUAUAUUAGGAAAAGAUUAUACAGAUUUGUUAUUGUUAUUUUAAUAAUUGUAUACAGUCGACCCCCUAUAACACUGUUGAUAAUUCCGUUUUAUAUGAAUUCCAUGUAGU